CCCCUCUCGUUUCCACUCCUCUUCCCUGCGUUCUCCCAGGUUGUGGAAACGCUGCAGCCCGCUGGUGUGUGUCUGGAUCCUUCUCUCGCACAGAGCUGCUAAAGACCCUCCUACCGGCUGGGCUGGAGAAGGAGGAGGCAGUCUGCUCUGCUCGCAGCCUCGGACGAGCCCCCCUUUACCGCCCUGUCAGUGUGGAGGAGAAGGAGAGAGACAGAGAGAGAGAGCGAAAGAGAGAGAGAGAGAGAGAGAGAGAGGCUGAGUGAUAGAGAAAGCGCACGCGAGAGUAAGAGAGAGCAACUGUGUGACAGAGGGAAAGAGAACGAGGCAGGCUGCUUAGAGGAGUGAGAGAGCCAAGGACGAAAUAAGGAACACAUUUUACAAGUGCAGGAAGAGGGAGGAUCGCAGACGAGGGACUCCUUCUCUGCUGGGCACCUGGGACACAGUCACUGUGGGGUUUUAUUCUCCCCACUCGUCUUCUAUCUGGAAACCCAGUGGAUUGACUAACCAACCGGUGGAUUUUUUUAAUACACGCUUGUGCCACAUCAUUUAGAAACUGGGAUAAUUCCUGUGUGUUAUCUUCCCUCCCGCUGGCUCGGCCGCUACAGACUGAGAUUGCUUUCUGUGUCUGUUCUGGGCUCUCGUGUUGUGAUUCUGCUCCGUGCACAAAGUGCAUCUGUCGGCGACCGGUGCUGGAGAUAUCUCCCCUCUGUCAAACAGGACAGCACGCAGCCACCGUCGGAUCAGACUACAGAGGAGAGAGAGACAGUGUGUGUAUGUAAGAGAGGGACACAGAGAGAGAGAGAGAGAGAGAGAGAGAGGCAGUGAGAGAGAGAGAGAGAGAGUCAGAUUCACAGUGUGUCUGAGAGAGAGGCAGAUUAAAGCCCAGGCGAAAGACUGGAGUGAAACAGCUCAAAACGAGAAGUGAACCUAUACAUCCUCUCCCGUUUUCCUUGCCAUCCCUUUCCUCCUCCUCUCCUCCUCUUCUUCCUUCUCCCAUUUUCCAACAUUCACAGGACUGCCAGAGCUACUGCCACCUGCACCUCUUCACGUCUUCUCUUCCCUCUUCUUCCUCUACCUCACCCUUAUCACGCGUUACUAUCCGAUACCAGCCACUGACGGACACGGCGCUCUUGGUUUCUAGCACUUGUGGAAAUAUUUCCAUUGAUCCAGCAGUGAGAGACUGAGUGAGCAUCCGAUAACUGAGGCUCCGGACCGGUGAGGAGCUUCCCCAUCAGAGGCAAACCUCCUCCCAGCUGCUGUCCGGCACGCAGUCCCUGUCUUCUCCCUGGAGAGCCGGCUAGCGACACAGUGGUGCGGACAGCAAAGACAGGAAUCGCACAGCCCCUCCGCUGCCUCUUUCCCAUUGCUAGCUACUUGGCAGCUUCCACCCUGUGUCACCAUUCCCUGCCUCAGUGCUAAGGAUUCCAGCUACAUGGGCAAGCGAUUGGAGCAGCAGCCAAUGUACCCUCAGUACACCUACUACUACCCCCACUAUCUCCAGACCAAGCCCUAUGCUCCACCCCCUCAUCCCAUGGCUCCUCCCAGCCCUAGCACCAACAGCUGCAGCCAGGGAGGGGCGGAGCAGCUCAGUAAGACCAACCUGUAUAUCCGAGGCCUGCCACCUGGGACCACCGACCAGGACCUCAUCAAACUCUGCCAACCGUAUGGAAAAAUAGUGUCAACCAAGGCCAUUCUGGAUAAGAACACCAACCAGUGCAAAGGCUAUGGCUUUGUGGAUUUUGACAGCCCAGCUGCAGCACAGAAGGCCGUGUCGUCUCUCAAAGCCACCGGGGUGCAGGCCCAAAUGGCCAAGCAACAGGAGCAGGACCCCACCAACCUGUACAUCUCCAACCUGCCAGUGUCUAUGGAUGAGCAGGAGCUGGAGAACAUGUUGAAGCCCCUGGGUCACGUCAUCUCCACGAGGAUACUGAGGGAUGCCAACGGGGUCAGCAGAGGAGUCGGCUUCGCCAGGAUGGAGUCCACAGAGAAAUGUGAAGUAGUGAUACAGCAUUUCAAUGGAAAAUACCUGAAAACCCCGCCAGGCAUUCCAGCUCCCACGGAGCCUUUGCUGUGCAAAUUUGCCGACGGAGGGCAGAAGAAACGCCAGAGCCAGAGCAAGUACCCUCAGAACGGGAGGCCGUGGCACAGAGAAGGCGAGACUGGCAUGGCGUUAACAUAUGAUCCAGCUGCAAUGCAGAAUGGGUUCUACUCCUCGCCUUACAGCAUUGCCACCAACCGCAUGAUUGCACAGACCUCCAUCACGCCCUUCAUCGCUGCUUCCCCCGUUUCCACAUAUCAGGUCCAGAGUACGUCAUGGAUGCCUCAUCAACAAUAUGUUAUGCAACCUACAGGUGCAGUGAUCACGCCAGCCAUGGACCACACUAUGUCCAUGCAGCCUGCCAGCAUGAUGGGCCCUCUCACCCAGCAGAUGAACCAUCUGUCCCUGGGCACUACAGGAAGUUACAUGACUGCUGCAGCUGCCGCGGCGCCUAUGCAAGGGACCUACAUUCCCCAGUACACUCCUGUGCCUCCAACAGCCGUCCCUGUCGAAGGAGUGGUGACGGACGCCUCCCCCCAGACAGUGGCUCCCUCGUCACAGGAGGUGGCUGGCCAGCAGCAACAGAUCCAGGUGGACAGUGCUGCCGACCACGUUCCUGCUUACUCAUACCAGUCCAAAUAGCAACGGCCUGAGCGAAUGUUCCUGUGACAGCGUUGCCUUGAGACAGAAGGUGGCUGCACUGUGAAUGUGAGGAAAAGAGAAAAGAAAGAGAUUGCUUCCAGAUUGCCCAGGCACCAAAAAAGAGACACUUUUUUCAUUUCCUACCUGGCCUACGAGAAAAAAAGAAAAAGAAAAAAAACAACAACGCAAGAAGGAGGCAAAGAGUGCUGAGGAAGGGGAUGAGAAAAUUGCUGGGCACAGUGCAAAGAAGUGAAAUUGUUUAGUCUGGGAACCUGCCUGAAGGGCUGGGCUGAAGCUUGAAAAGUUUCUCAAAGAAAAUUCUCAACCAAUUAAAAAAAAAAAAAAAAAAGAAAAAAACAAACAAAAAGAAAAUGACAAAAAAAAGGUUGAAUGCGCAGGUAGGUGAUGAAGUUUAUUUUGUAAUUAGAAAAGGGGAGUCAAGUUUGAGAUACACACAGAGAUUGUCUUCCUCAGAUAUUAAGCUACAAUUUCUUUCACUCUUUUUUAUGUUCUAGUGUUAAAUUUUAGUUUUCUAGAUAUAUUCAAAAACAAAGUGUUUUUUUCUUUCUUGAAUCUUCAUGGCCUUAAUUUGAAGGGCGGCAGAAACUUUUUACAGAGUUAAAGUCUGACGUCAGGUUAGGAAAAAAAAAUAACAAACGAAAUCAGUCUCUUGGACCACACAGAGGGUACAAGACACUGGCUGAGUUGUUCUAAAGAGGAAAAAAGAAUCUAUCACAUAAGCUGUACAGAUUUAAUAGAGAAGAGCUUUUUUUCUUUUCUUCAUUAGAAGAAAACUUUGAUAAUUAUUAUGUCAGAGGUAACUAAGUGUCAGAAGAAAACAAAAUGUCUGUUGGGGUAAAAGACUUGUGGGUGGGGAGAAGAAGCUUUGAAGAGAUUUUUCACAAUGAGGAAAAAAAAAGAAAACAUUAAGAAAACAUGCUGCAUUGUGGAUGCAGUCUGUUGCAAAUGCUGAACUUGUUUUUUAUUAUCAUAAUUAUUAUUUUACAUGGCAAAGUUGCUGUCGAUGACAUUAGUGCUUUUUAUCUGCCACAUUUUACCUUUUUUAUGAGCUUUAAGAUGUUUUUAGCCCGCUUUGCUUGUCACACUGCGAAAAGAAAAAAAAAAAGAAGAAAGAAAAAAACUGAUAAAAUGAACAAAAAAAUUAUGGAAAAAAUUAUGGCAGUGAAAUAAAAACAGUAGAUUCAGUAGGAGCUUAACGGUUUAAACCAAUCAGUGCAAAAGCAAUAGAAGAAAUUGUUGACAAUUUCUGUAGUUCUUUCCUAGUUGUGGAUCAAAUGCAGCCCAUGGAUGGCCAUUUUUAUACCAAAGAUGAAGAGACACUCUGAACCAGAGUUUUGUUUUUGUUUUUUGUUUUCUUUUCCUUUUCAUUUUUCAGUUUGAUUUUGUUGUUGUUGAUGUUGUUGUUGUUGAUGAUGUUAAUGUUGAUAUUGUUGUUGUUGAUGUUGCUGUUGUCGUUGUUUUUUUAUUUGACCUUGAUGGCCGGACCAGUCCUUACUAUCCUUCUUAGCAUCUUUUUCACCGGGUUUAAGCUAGUUUUCCACGGUUGUCCAAGCUGUCACACACACACACACACACACACCACACACAAACACACACACACAGAUACAUAUCUCAACAUGCAUACACUUACUGUACAAACUCUCACACACACACACACACACACACACAUCAAACAGUAUUUAAAGUGUGAUGCAACCAGUGGCAGUCCUACCAAAAGUCCUUUAUCUUCACCUCCUCUUCUUCUUGUCUUUUGGUUUCAUUAUAUAUGUCUCAUUACGAUGCUUUCACACACCGUGGGUGCAUUCCACCUCUCUAUCUCUCAGAUCCUGCAGGGAAAACUUUAGGAAACAGAUUGGGGAAUGUUGCUUGCUAUGCUCCGUGGUUGUCGACACACUGCUUCCAGCUUUGUCCCCUUAGUGAUUUCUGUCUCUUUAUCUCUUCAAGUCAACCAUAACUAACUCAAACAUUUCUCAACAUACUGAGCUUCAGUGUUGAACUGGGAACCUCGCUGCUGCUGCUGCUGCUGCUGCUGCUGCUGCUGUUUGACCUCCUGUUACCCUCUGUCAUGUAUCACCAAACAUAGGUCACUUUUUUGAGUAUUUACCCACCCUGAAUACCAGUUGAGUGGUGUUUGCUGCAUUUUGUACAUCAGGUGAGUUGUUAGGCCCAAGAAGUGUACAAAUCAAAGCUUUUAGCAAUGAUUGCAUAAACUUUAUGGCACUCAGCGGUACUGACUUAUCGCAUUUGGCAGCCAAAGCAUAAUAAAACAACCUUGAAGAAGUUACUGAAAUGCUUAAAAGAAUGAUUGAACUUUUUUGGGAUAUAUGCUUGUUCACUUUCCUCCUGAGAGUUAGAUCAGAGGAUUGACUUCACUCUCUCUUCUAUGAAGUUAACGGCAGCUGGUUACUUAGCUUAGCACAAACAUCGGAAAUAGGGGGAAACAGCUAGCCUGGCUCUGUCCGAAGGUAAUUAAAUCCACCUACCAGCAUGUCUAAAGCUCACUAACUAAAACAAGGUUACAAAGUCCUUCACAGGACACGGAUGCAGAAAAAUAAGAAGCAUACAGCUUUACACAGAAAGGACGCAUAAACAAAUACAGAAGAUGCAAAUAAAUUACAGGGGAAGAUUGCUAGAGAUGGGUUUUUCGAAGUAUUCAAAGCAGUUUAUGGACUCAUCUGAUCUAAAAGAGGGGGAGAGAGUUCUAGAAGGACAUGAUUAAUAUGUCAUAUCUUGUUUUUUAAUCUAUACAAAAAACUGAGAGUAAAAACGCCACCUUGUGGUGUUACAGGGGUUCACAUGCCAGAUUAUUUCUUGGCCAAAGGCAGUAAUUUACCGGUGUCUUGUCGUCAUCGUGAGCGUAAAGACCUCGACACACCAAACCGCAAUCAAAGAACUAGUACUGACGAAAGCCGACUUUUGCAUUACCUCAUGUUCAGCCAAAAAGUUGCACUUGAACACAACACAAAGACAACAGCCACCAGCCCACUAGCAUGUAUGUUCUGUGCCUGCAUGUGAGGAAAUAACUUUCCAUAUAUGCAGGUGGAGGUAGUCUGUAUUCAUCAUUUAAAAAGGGUAACCAGCCUGACAGAUUCAAGAUGCUAGUUAGCCAGUUAGCACCUUAACAACACAACCCGAUGUUUAAAGAACAAAGCAUAUCUACCUUUGUUUCAUUUGUUUAAAAACAAACAUUUACAAACUGUUUCUGCUAAAGAGCAUAUAGUAAUGGCUAAAACACUUAAUCUUACCUCAUAAACAAGUUUGUUUCAACCUCAUUCCCUUUUUACCUUAGUUACCUAUUUGCUUUACUAACUUCUGUUUCUCUUUUUGUGCAAUGAGCUGAACUGCCAAUCAACAUGCUGAAUUUGCCGAAAUAAAGCCUACAAGGGCAGACUAGUGCCAACGGAGCAUGACACACCAUCACCAAAAGUAGGGCAACAGAUGCUCACCCACAACCCGCCACAGACCGAUGGCUGACCGUCUGCCGUGUGUCAGGGCCCUAAUAUUGAACCAGCAAGGAAUUACUGUGAAGUAAUGUGGCACAAUUCCUUUAAUACACAUCUGAACAGAGGCAAGACUUGUUUGCAUUGUAAGACUACCAUCACUCUGUGACACUAACAAGGCCAGGAAGAAGUGUGCUUAAAGGCCAGUAGAGGACAGUCUGUGUUGAACGUUCCCUUGAUCAUUUGCCCAACACAAGCGGUGGAGGUCAGCACACCUGCGGGAACUAACUAGGCUCCUCACCAGCCAUAACAAGAUGUUGAUGGCAGUUCCUUCCCCUGCCCCACCUCUGAGUGUCAGCUACACCCCUGGUUGUCCCAAUUUGUUGCACAAACAACCCUGUCACAUCUUAUCCGGUCUUUCCAUCCCAGAGCUGUGUCGGGUUUUCAAUGAUUUCAUCUCAGAGGAUUGUCCCCAGAAGAAAUUGCCUGUGGGACAGCAGCCAUUUCUGCCCCCAUUACAGCAGACUUUGUGUGUCAGGAGCGCUGUGUGUCUGCUCUGUUCGCCCAUGCUUGCCCGCUCUGCCCCACUGUGGGGCUACGGCGCUAAAAAGACCCCGUUUUUUUCUCUGCUUCACUGGCACCAUUAAUGUGCCAUGGCCAAGCCAGGCUCCUUUUGCUCUCAUUUUCCCUCAUUCACUCCCUCUUUUCUCCCCCUUCUCUCUCGCGCUCUCUCUGAGGUUUCUUCUCUUUAUUGGAUGGUGCACAAGCAGAACCACAAACCAAUUUCAGUCACUCUCGCAAUGAGGCUUGACGGGCCCAAUUUGUCUCCCUCCGGGGCAAUAGGAUCCACUCCAGUGUCCCUCAAAAGACCCCUUUCUUCCAGACAGAGAGGGAGCUUUUUGUUUGGUGACAAUUGCAAUUGAGCUCUUGCAGUUCAUGUGACUCAUUCAAAUCUAAGUCCAGCGGUGCGCUUUGGGGCCAUGAUGGCGUGUUGUGCACAUUACAGGCAAGCUACGUCAUCGUGCGUGGCAGUGUUUGUAACUAUUAAUCAAAUUGUACAUCGAGUGCCUUUUUACGAAGCUUCCAAAUGAUUCCAAAAAAAAAGCACAUGGAAGAGCUUGCUUGAUUCAGUUGUGCUAAAGAAAUGCUACACAAUAUCAAAGCUACUCUAUGGUGCUAAAGAGGAAGCGUUCUCAGGCUUGUGCCUUCAUUGUGUUCACUGAUCUCUGUGACAAGCCGGCCACUGUUGAUCAUUUGGCCAUCAGCUCUCUCCUAACAGGCCACCUGUCCACUUGACGACACUCAAAAGAAACGGGCACACAGGUUCCUGAGGUGAACUGCACCUUUAAAAGCCAUACGUACAUUUUCUUUUUCCUCAGUGUGUAUUAAUACCUGCUGUUUAUUCUUAUCUUCCAUCUACCAACGGAGGUCAAAAGCCAAAUGUGUCGUUCUAACCGUCUCUCAAUGACCGUUCAGCUGUUUAUUGUACAAUCAAAUCAGCACCUGCCCUUCUCCUUUCAUCUCAUCUGCCACUCAACAUCUGCUUGUACUCUCCUCCAGGCUGUGAUCUGCUCUUAUCUUCCCAUAAACAAGCCGCAUUACAGUCUUUAACGGCUAACAACUGACAAACGUUGGAUUUUAGAGCUCCCUGGACUUCCCCCAUGCCGCUUAUCUGUUCGUCAUUGUCACAUCAACUCGCUAUGUUCCAUCCCUGAGUCAUUUUAAGUGUGAACAGAGCUGCUAAACUACAACUUUACCAGUUUUAAGCUAGUAUGUGUGUGUCAGUGUGCGUGCGUGAAGAGUUCUUCUACUCGACAGUACAACUUCUAGCGAGGUUGUGAAUCCAGCGUAGCUAUAGCCGAGUUCUCUAGACUUUUACAGCUGCUGUUUUAUAGAGUAGAGGAGACAUUUUUGAAGCUUAAUAGGACUCAUAAUGCAGGAGAUGCACAUCGGAAAGCAGAGCGUCCCACAAAUGGCCUGAGAUUCAAUAGUAAUGGCAUUAUGGGAAAUAGGAUUACAAAUAGCCAAGAGAUUAUGGGAAAAAAUGCACAACAAAGAAUAUCAGCUCUGUUUUGCUAAUGGAGAUUCAAGACAGAAAAAAGAGAUGUUAAGGCAGGAGUUUGCAUUUGGUGUGCGCUACCAAUAUUUCACAGAGAUCUGAAAGAACCAACUGAACAAACAGAAAAUGGCUUUUUCUUAAUAGCACAAUGGCAUAAUGUAUCUUUUUAGAAUACCAAUACCUUUGCGGAAGUGUACAGAAGGCAUGUCUGCAAUUUUAAGGAGGCUGUAGCAGAAACGCUCUGCUCCCAGUCAGCCCAUGUGUCAGCACAAACCAGGAGCCAGCUAUAUCAGGAGAGAAAGAGUGUGUGUGGGAAAGAAAGAGAGAGGGAUCAUUAGCUCCUGUUGCCGGGCAGAAGUGAUCAUAGCCUAGAGUUUCUCCGUCUUCAUGCAGCAGUAUGUCCUUUGUACAGGACUCCAGGAGGUGACCUUGCCUGACCCAUCACUAAUUAGCAACACUCUUUCUCUCCCAUCACACAAAGACAUACUCUUUCACUCCUUUUCUACCCAGUUGAUCUUCAUUUUCCACCUCUGCCAUACCUUACCACCACUUUCCAUCCAUCCAUCUGCAUUAGCUGCAUUCUCUCCUUCCCCCUCUUCAAGUCCACGUGAGCAUACCCUUCAGACUCCAAUCUGCUGCUCUCUUGAGGUAUUAGGAUCUCAAGUACUCUCAUGCCCCUUUUCCACCAACAUGGAACAGGUUCCGAUCCGGUUCCCGCACCUAACUUUGAAUCAGUCUGAACAUGUCGACCAAAAAUAAAUUGGUUUGGAGCCCAAAAUGUUGGUUCUCAGCUAGAACCAGAGAAUGACAGGUUUUUCUUGAAGUGCAAACGGUGACAACAUCAAUGGGCAUGUCUCAUUCUACAGAUUGGAAAGAAAGAAAGGGCAACAACGGAGAAGUCAAGUGCGAAAUUGUUGGGGAAUAGAGAGCAUGCAGUGGUCUCAUUAACCAUUGGUUCAUGCUUGUUUUUUUGUUAUUUUUUUGCUAAAAACAAAUAUCUGUAAUAACAGAUGUGCAGUGUGCAAUGCCCUCUGUUGAUGACACAUCCUUGGUGACAAUGAUUCUGCUCAAACUGGUGGAAAAGCACGCUAGUUGCUAGAUGGCACCAAUGUUCCAAGAAUCCUGAACAGGACCAGUUCAAGAACCAGAGCUAAUUUGGUGGGAAAGGGGUACUAGUGAAGAUUGGCCUGAGAUCCAGCAGCCCGUAUCAUCAAAUCUGCAACAUCCUGGUCUCCUCAGGUGUCAGUUCUUUAAGGCAAGGUGCUUACUUCACUGCGUUCUCAAUCCGUCCAUAACUAACCUUUGUCACUGUCACAGGAGUGAACUCAUUAGAUGUAUCACAUGUCAUACUCAGUUGUCACAAGUCCUUUGAUGACAUUCUUGAUUAGAAUGGUGCCACUCAAAAAAAGGGGGGAAAGAGUGGGCUGGUUUGCUAGAUUCGAAACCAGUUCAAGAACCAGAGCGAAUUUGGUGGAAAAGGGGUAUUCGCGAAGAUUGGCUAGAGAUCCAAGGGCUUGUUUCACCAAAUGCAUCAUGAAAGCUGCGAUUUGAAUCAUGACAUCAUGUCCUUUAUUAAUUCUGACACAUUUUACUAAGAAUUUGUGAAACGUGGCGCUGACACCAGUUGCAAUCCAUGUCCAGGUGCUGCUCCAGAAUGACUACUGUGAAACAGGCUCAUGAAUUAUAGGCCAAGUUGCCACCAUCACAUUCAUUAGUUUCUGUUAGCAGGGACAGCAGGUUGGAGGUGUCCUUGUUGGGAUGUCGUUCAUUUUGUUGAGUAAACCUGGGCCCUACUGGUGCUCUGUUUGACUACUUAAGUGUCAGGAUGUUACUGUUUGCUGCCAUAGUGCCAAACUGUGAAAGCAAAGUUUAUGCAAUCACAUAUUACGCAUUUUAAGUGUCACAAUGCAGUAAAUCUCACUCAUCUGGUGCCCUGAGGAAGUGAAAUCAGAUGCUCAAAAUUGUUUUCCAACUUCUGUUCGAUACAGGAAAAGGAAGAAUUCUGUACAUUAAGAGCAAUGCGGGGAAAUGCAACCUUCCGUUUCCCGUCAGUCUUCUGUGGAUAACUCCCACACUCUCUACAAGGUAAAUCUGAUCUCCUGUGAGCUUAUACCUUCUCUGAAAUACCUGAUAAACACAAAUCUUGAGACUUUACCCUCAUCCUGGUCUUAUCUGGUGUCAGUUUUUCAAGGUGAGGUGCUUUCUUCACUGUGUUUAUUUUUUAAAAAACAGUCUCCUCAAUCCGUCCCUAACUCACCGUUUCUCACUAUCACUGCCACCAUACUUAAAUCUGACAUGAUCCCCAAAGUAAUGUAUGCAGUGUGGCUUCCGCACUGUCACAGGGGUCAACUCAUUAGAUCUAUCACAUCUCAUACCCACUUGUCGCGAGGUUUCCCGUGAACCGAGUUGUAGCCAUUCCACGUUGAUUCUCGUGUGUUAGGAAAACAGCAGUUCAGAGUUACUCUCACAGCCUGUCUCCCACUGAGUGUAAAAGAGAACCGUGGCUCAAUAACUCAUCACAGACCAGCACAUACACACUCACACACUCUCCGCACACAUAAUGCAGUGGGAAAAUCCCCCCCCCCCUCCCCACCCACCCAAGAGCGAGGCCCUGUGCUUUUUAAUUGAUGCUUCGGUCCACCUUUGAUGAGAGCUAUCGAUUGGCCACACAACCCCAGGAGCGCAGCCAGCCAGCCAGCACAGCCCCUCGUGGAGUUCAAACAGCUCCCUGAGAAAUACAAAAUCCAACAAUCACUAGGAAAUGGCCAACCAAAUUGUUUAGAGAUAGCCUGCACAGAAAGUGCGUUGGGCGUGGGAAUCGUUUACCAGAUUAAAAGAGGAACUAUUUAUUAGGACAGCAGAGCGGUUUUUAAUUUUUUUUUUUUCUCUUUUUGUUGUUUUCGUUAGUUUUUCACUUUUCUUGGUUUCAGCGCCGAGGAGGACAUGGUCACGCCUCGCACACGCUGCUCAGUGUGUGUGAUCUUUGAGAAACUAUCUGUACAUCUGUGGAUGUUAGGAUUUGACUUGGGUUUUAUGAGUUGUUUUUUUUCUCUCUCUGAUGAAGCUUUCAAUAAAAAAACAUUGUGAAAAAAAGCAACAA